CUACACCACAACACCGACUGUUCUUCAGGUUUUGUACAUGUCAACACCGACUGUUCUUCACGUUUCCUACUCAACACCGACUGUUCUUCACGUUCCCUACACCUCAACACCGACUGUUCUUCACGUUCCCUACACCUCAACACCGACUGUUCUUCACGUUUCCGACACCACAACGCUGACUGUUCUUCACGUUUCCUACACCACAACACCGACUGUUCUUCACGUUCCCUACAUCACAACACUGACUGUUCUUCACGUUCCCUACACCUCAACACCGACUGUUCUUCACGUUCCCUACACCACAACACCGACUGUUCAUCACGUUUCCUACACCUCAACACCGACUGUUCUUCACGUUCCCUACACCACACCGACUGUUCUUCACGUUCCCUACACCACAACACCGACUGUUCUUCACGUUCCCUACACCAGAUCGACUGUUCUUCACGUUCCUACACCACAACACCGACUGUUCUUCACGUUCCCUACACCCCACCGACUGUUCUUCACUUUCCCUACACCUCAACACCGACUGUUCUUCACGUUCCCUACACCACACCGACUGUUCAUCACGUUUCCUACACCCAACACCGACUGUUCUUCACGUCCCCUACACAACACCGACUGUUCUUCACGUUCCCUACACCACACCGACUGUUCUUCACGUUCCCUACAACUCAACACCGACUGUUCUUCACGUUCCCUACACAACAUCAACUGUUCUUCACGUUCCCUACACCUCAACACCGACUGUUCUUCACGUUCCCUACACCAGAACACCGACUGUUCUUCAUGUUUCGUACACCUCGACACCGACUGUUCUUCACGUUUCGUACACCUCAACACCGACUGUUCUUCACGUUCCCUACACCUCAACACCGACUGUUCUUCACAUUGCCUACACCACAACACCGACUGUUCUUCACGUUUCCUACACCUCAACACCGACUGUUCUUCACGUUUCCUACACAACACCGACAGUUCUUCACGUUCCCUACACCUCAACACUGACUGUUCUUCACAUUGCCUACACACAACACCGACUGUUCUUCACGUUUCCUACACCUCAACACGGACU